UCCUCCCCCUUCUGUGUGUGUAUAUAGCCUGCGUCUUCCCCGCGUCUUGUGCCAGCCAGUGCGUCUUGAACACUAGCGAUUGCGAAAGCCAUCUCACGGUCGGGCCUGCAACACCUGGGGCCGCUGCAGGUAGCUCCGCCUCCCGCCUCCCACGGCCCCGGCAAGGAGCUUCGCACCCGCAUGGACUGGACGGAGAACGCCGUCAACGGCGACCACCUGUGGAUGGAGACCAGCUGCUCGGGCGAACUCUGCUACCUCGGGGAGGACGCCUGCCUGCUCAAGGCUGCGAAGUCUGCGCCCAGGAGGAAGUGCGCCGCCUGCAAGAUCGUCGUCCACACCAGCUGCACCGAGCAGCUGGAGAAGAUCAACUUCAGGUGCAAGCCGACUUUCAGGGAAGGAGGCUCGCGGUGCCUGCGAGAUGUAAGUCUCCCGACGGGAGGUCCGAGCGGGGCCCAGGCCAGGUGGAGGUGUAAGGCGGCGCCGUCUGCUCUCUGCCGGCAGAACGUGCUGAGGCACCACUGGGUGCACCGCCGGCGCCAGGACGGCAAGUGCAAGCAGUGCGGGAAGAGCUUUCAGCAGAAGUUCUUCCACAGUAACGAAAUCAUCGCCAUCAGCUGUUCGUGGUGCAAGCAGGCUGUGAGUUGGGCUCAAAUUGGAAUUCUCGCGCGCGAGCGGGCUUGCCCACCAUCUCAGCGAAAUUCCGUCAGACUAGAAACAAAACAUUUCCACAACAAGGUCACGUGCUUCAUGCUGCACCAGAUCGAGGAACCGUGCUCGCUGGGCGCCCACGCCGCCGUCAUCGUGCCUCCGUCCUGGAUCAUCAGAGUCGGGAAACCGCAGAGCUUGCUCAAGAACUCGGCCAGGAGGAAAAAGCGCACGUCUUUCAAGCGCAGGACCAGCAAGAAGGGGCCGGACGAGUCCAAAUGGCGGCCGUUCAUGCUGAAGCCGCUGCCCUCGCCGCUCAUGAAGCCCAUCCUGGUCUUCGUCAACCCCAAGAGCGGAGGCAACCAGGGCGCCAAGCUGCUCCAGAUGUUCAUGUGGAUCCUGAACUUGCGGCAAGUCUUUGACCUGUCGCAGGGCGGCCUUCGGGAGGCCAGAGCUAAUGGCAAACGGACGCGUUGAAAUUCAUGACCCUUUGGCCAACCUCAACGACCUGAGCCGGCCAGACGCAGACAACCUGCAAGACACGCUGGAGUUUCGGCUCCUGAUGGCGUACACCAAGAGGAGACGGCGGCGGUGGGAGAAGAAGAGCCAGACGUCCGUCGAGAACGGGGCUCCGUACUCGACUCGCACGUGUUUGCUGCCGGUCGAGAGCCAAGAAGAAGCGCCGCCGCCGCCGCCAAAGACCAA